AUGGCAUCCGCUCCCCGUCUUCGAGUUCCGCCCCUGCAGUCGCCAGAGGGAAUGGGAUCCAUCAGUAACACCGCAUCCAAGGCUGGUAACGCAGGGCGCCCAGUUCUUCUCUCGUUCGAUGAGAUGCCGGAAUGGUUCCGACGUGAAUCCAACCCAUGGAUUCUCCGUGGCUAUCGGCCUAUCUCAGGCUCGGCUCACGCUUCAUUCUGCAGUUGGUCGUAUAUCCACAACGAGUCAGUCAACAUCUAUUCCCACCUCAUCCCGGCCAUUUUUUUCCUACUCGGCGAGUGGUACAUCCAGCAGUACCUUACUAGCAGAUAUUCCGGGUUCACUGGCGCCGAUUUUAUUGCUUUCUCCAUCUUUAUGUUGACGGCCGUCACGUGUCUAUCAUUGUCGGCGACGUACCAUACCUUGAUGAACCACUCUAAACACAUGGAACAUUUCUGCCUGCGACUGGACAUGCUGGGUAUAGUAAUCUUCAUACUAGGUGACCUUAUAUUGGGAAUAUACAUGAUUUUCUGGUGUGAACCUUUGCCACGCAAUAUCUACUGGUCUAUGAUUGGAGUUUUCGGGACUUUAACCAUUCUCAUGACAAUGCAUCCCAAGUUCCAGGGCCCAAAAUAUCGCCUCUUCCGAGCAUUGAUGUUCGUGGCGACUGGCUUGUCCGGUAUUGCUCCCUUGGUCCAUGGACUCAAUGUAUUCGGCAUGUCGCAGAUGAUGAGAAAAGCUUUCCCCUAUACUAUGGCAAAAGCAGGCUGCCUUCUAUCUGGGACUUCGUUUUAUGCAACCAGGUUUCCUGAAAGUCAAUAUCCGGGCAAAUUCGACCUAUGCGGCUCCCAUUCGAUUUUUCACAUCCUGGUGGUAUGCGCCGCUGUAGUCCAGUUGAUGGGGUAUCUGGAUGCCUUCGACUAUGCGCAGACAAACCUUACUUGCUCGUCUAUUUGA